AUGGGUAAAAGGUUUACAGAAUCCGCCGCCAAAAAAGCAGCUGGUUUGGCAAGGAAAAGGAACCAGGCUCAUGCUAAGCAAAGAGAAGAAAUGGAACAGCUAGAAGCAGAGGAGGCCUCUAAGUGGGAAGAAGGAUCGAAAAGAGAAAAUGCCAGAAAACUAGAAGAGGAGCAAAAAAAACAGGAGAAAAUAAGAGCUAAGAAGGAGCGUGACGCAUUGCUGGCCGCAGAGGAACAGCAACUGGGCAAGGGUGGCAAAGGUAAAAGAAGAUUGAAAUGA